UAACACCUUUUACUGUGAACGUGACUGUCCCUUCAGUUGAGGCUUCAUUCUAAUUCUAACUUCCGUUUGGCAAUAUCAAGAAUUGACAACAGUAACAAGGGCUAUUUAAGUCAACAAGAAAUUCGAGUUUACUAUUUCAUUAAAAACAUUUGUUUCACGUCUUGUGUUCUUCUUUAUUUCCACGAUCAUGCUGCUUGCUCAUUAGAUAUAUUGUUUAUCGUGUGUCGAAGUGCUGGUGACCAAACAAGAAUAUGGUUGUCGAAGGUAUCGCUCCCGAGGUUACCGUUUUCGGAAAAGGAGGACACUUUCCUUUAUCUUUUGGUGUUCCUGCAAAAAAAUGUGCUGUUUUAGGCAUCGAUGGUAUGACGUGCAAUUCUUGCGUCCAAAACAUAGAGCAGAAUAUCAGCGAUAUUGAUGGUGUGGAGUCCAUCGUUGUUUCACUCAAAGAGAAAGAGGGACGCAUUGUUUAUUUUCCAGAUGAAAUAAGUGAAAUAAGACUUGCAAAUGAAAUUGAAGAAAUGGGCUUCGAUGCCUGUGUAAAGACUGUUAACGAGCUUGAAAUAUCCGAAUCUAUGUCUUCCAAAUUACCGCCUCGAAAGAUCGACGUAAUAAAGUUUAAGGUUUUCGGUAUGACCUGCCAGUCUUGCGUUAAAUCAAUAACGCAAAACCUUUCUGAUAUUGAUGGUUUUGUGGAUGCUGCAAUAUCAUUGGAGGAUGAAGAAGCCACUGUGAGAUACGAAAGUCUCAAAGCUAAUAUUGCUAUGCUCAAGCAAUCCAUUGAAGAUUCAGGAUUUGAAGUUCAUGAUGUUGGCGAUGUUGGAGAUGAAGAAACAAAGAUGAUCACAAUAAAGAUUGCUGGAAUGACAUUUCCUUCUUGUGUCGAUACAAUAAAGCAAACAAUCGAGUCUACUAAUGGAGUCAAGGAAGCAAAUGUGGAACUAAACAAUGACAAAGCUGAAGUUCGUUAUCAGCCUCAUGUUGUUGACUCGGACAUUUUGAUUAAAUUAAUCCAAGAUAAAGGUUUUGAAGCCAGCCUAAUCCAUUCCAACAACGAAGCACCCGGGCACCAAACGGUUUUCAUUUCGAUCGAAGGCAUGACCUGUAACUCUUGUGUUCAAAACAUUGAAGGAACUGUUGGUGUUAGAACAGGUGUAAAAUCAAUCAUCGUUUCUUUAGAGGAAAAACUUGGCACGAUCGUCUUCAAUCCUGACGUUGUUGGAGAAGAAGAUUUAAGGCACGCUAUUGAAGAUAUGGGAUUUGAUGCUGUUAUUAAACAACAGAAUAAAUCUAUUCAGCCACAUUUGAACGGUGUUAAGAGCAGUGCUCUUGAAUAUAGCUCCGAAGUGGACGAAUGUAGCGAUGAGGAACAAGAGUUGUUGUUUAAGAAGAAUGGUCAAUGGCAAGCAUCUUAUAUUACGAAAAACAAAACGAAGAAGAGUCUCUCGGGCAUUGAAACAGAACCCUUGUCGAAAGCUUUCUUCCACGUGAGGGGGAUGACAUGUGCGUCAUGCGUUGCCACGAUUGAAGGAAAUCUACCAAAAAAAGAAGGUGUGAGUUCGGUUCUUGUCGGAUUACUUGCUCAGAAGGCUGAGGUGAAAUACAACGCAAAGAUCACUAAUCCUGAAGCAAUAUCGAAGUGGAUUAAUGAUCUUGGUUUUGAGAGUGAGCCAAUGAAUCAUCAGGACGGAGCCAAAAACCAAGUUGAAGUCAUCAUUCGUGGUAUGACGUGUUCGUCUUGUGUUCAUCAUAUUGAGAGCAGUUUGAAGAAGAAACGUGGAGUGCUUGAUGUAUCAGUGGCGCUCGCCACAGGCAAAGGAAAGAUCUCUUAUGAUUCUGAGUUAACUGGAGCGCGAGAUAUCAUAGAUCAUAUUAAUGAUAUGGGAUUUGAAUCAGAACUUUCGUCAGGCCAAGAACGUAAAAUGCUGGAUCAUACAAAAGAGAUCAAAAGAUGGCGACGGUCGUUUCUCAUAUCGAUGAUAUUUGGUUUGCCUGUAAUGAUAAUCAUGAUGUAUCAUAUGGCCGUAAUGAAAAUUUAUGGUAAAAAAACCAUGAAGACUCUUCUCCCUGGCUUAUCCAUUGAAAAUCUUUUUUAUUUUCUUCUUUGCACUCCUGUACAGUUCAUUGGUGGAAGGUAUUUUUAUGUACAAGCUUAUAAAUCGUUGAAGCAUCGCACUGCAAAUAUGGACGUCUUGAUCAUGUUGGCAACAACUAUUGCUUAUGUUUACUCGGUUGCAGUAUUGGUGAUUGCCAUGAUCUUGAAGUUACCAAAGAGUCCGAAGACAUUUUUCGAAACCCCGCCAAUGUUGUUGGUUUUUAUAUCGCUUGGUCGUUGGCUCGAACAUAUUGCUAAAGGAAAAACGUCCGAGGCUCUUUCGAAACUUCUAUCACUUCAACCUAUUGAAGCAACGCUUUGCGUCAUUGAUCCGGAUACAGGAAAUAUUUCCAGUGAAAAGUCUAUCAAUGUUGACCUUGUUCAGCGUGGAGAUGUUCUAAAGGUUGUUCCAGGCGGUAAGAUUCCGGUUGACGCCCGGGUUGUCCGGGGAGAAUCGAUGGCAGAUGAAUCUUUAAUAACUGGGGAGUCAAUGCCUGUUCAUAAAAUUGUAGGUAGUAUGGUUAUAGCUGGCUCUAUAAACCAAAAUGGCGUAUUGAUUCUCGAAGCAACUCACGUUGGCGAAGAGACGACGCUUUCACAAAUUGUCAAACUUGUUGAAGAAGCUCAGACUUCAAAGGCACCGAUACAAAAACUCGCGGAUACUAUAGCUGGUUAUUUUGUUCCUGUUAUCGUAUUGAUGGCGAUAGUGACGUUAAAUGUGUGGAUAGUCAUCGGAUACAAUGAUGUAUCAGCAAUAGACGACUCGUUUGAUCCUUCUGAAUCAAGUAAAACCGAAGUGGUUUUGGAAUUUGCUUUUCUCACCGCAAUAACCGUGUUGUGUAUUGCAUGCCCAUGCGCAUUGGGCUUGGCAACACCGACUGCUGUGAUGGUUGGCACUGGUGUGGGCGCACAAAAUGGUAUUUUGAUCAAGGGCGGGGAACCACUCGAAACGACGCAAAAGAUUUCAACCGUCAUAUUUGAUAAAACUGGAACCCUUACAAGAGGAACACCGACUGUCACACAUAUUGAAAUGUUCGUUGGCCAUGAUGUUUGCCCGCCAAACUUCUUUCUGGCUCUCGUUUCCACGGUCGAGGCGAACAGUGACCAUCCCUUGGCUAUAGCCAUUGUCGACCAUGCUAAAGAAAAGCUGGGGAAGAGUGCUGUUGCCUCUUGUGAUAGCUUUAAAAUUGUUCCUGGUUAUGGAUUGUCCGGAAUAGUAUAUAACAUUGAAGAGCAAUACAAAAAGUCAACCAGUUAUAUUGCGGACUCCACAGAGCCAUCGAGUGAUAAAUAUUCGGUAAAAAUUGGUAAUCGUGAAUGGAUGUCGAAGCAUAGUUUCCAGAUAACGGAUGAAAUUGACCAGCAAAUGAUGCAACGUGAAGAAAAAGGCGAAACCGUUGUACUUGUCGGUGUUGAUGAUUCAAUUGUUGCCAUGGUGUGUAUUGCUGAUUCACCAAAAGCAGAGGCGGAAGCAGCUGUGUCUUUUCUAAAGCAUAUGGGAAUAAAGGUGGCCAUGUUGACUGGAGACAACACUCGAACUGCCUGGGCAAUUGCUCAACAGAUUGGUAUCACGGAAGUUUAUGCAAAAGUUCUUCCGGCUGACAAGGUUAACCGUGUCCGCAGUCUUCAGAAGCAGAAGGAAUGUGUUGCUAUGGUUGGUGAUGGCAUCAACGAUUCACCUGCUCUUGUCGCUGCUGACGUUGGCAUUGCCAUAGGAACAGGAACAGACGUGGCUGUUGAAGCUGCAGAUAUUGUAUUGAUUAAGGAUGACCUUCUGGAUGUUUCUACAGCCAUUGAUUUGUCUAAAGUAACUGUUCGUAGAAUCCGUAUAAAUUUCGUGUUUGCAUUUUUCUACAACGUGAUUGGUAUUCCCAUUGCGGCUGGAGCAUUCCAUCAUUGGGGUAUUGUACUACAGCCUUGGAUGGCGAGCGCUGCGAUGGCUGCGUCUUCGGUGUCUGUCGUUCUGUCUUCGCUACUACUAAAGCUAUAUAAGAAACCCAGUGUUACAAGCAAAAGACGGAUGAGAUCGAGAAAGAAAUUUUACAGUCGUGUUUAAAGUAGAUAUGUACAUACGUUAAUUGACUGUACUUAUGUAAAAAAGUCUACACUUGCGAAAUUAUAUCUGUCUGUAUAUCUAUAUUUUACUAAAUCAAACAUUCAAAAUCAAUAUGAUCGAUUUUGAUGAUAUAGGUAAUACUUUUUUAAAACGAUUGUAUUGUCCAAUGUGUAAAAGUUAGAGUAAGAUUUUUAAAAAAUGUCAAUGAAAAAAUGGUAGAAUCGCACGUACAACAUACUUGUUGCUUGUUUCCUCGUAUUCUAAAUGAGGACGCAACUCCUAAUAAAUUUAACGCAUGUAGUUUUCGACUUGUGUGUGUUCUUAUUUCUUCUGCAUCCGUUUCAUUUCUAAGUUUAUUUAAGGAACAAUGAAGUCAUUGUCUUGAUGGUCAACAGUGUUACAGUAAGCUCCUACUGCAUUUUCCAUUUGCGUCAGUAAGUCUAUAACAAUGAACAUUAAUUAUUCGCUCUUUAAUUUUAUGAUUUCUGUAGCUUAUUGUAUUUAAUUGUUCUUUGAAUCAAUAAAAGUCGACUCCCGUGGUGGGCAGUAAAAGAUUUUAA